AUGUCUUCGUCAGAUAUGGAGGCCGCCGUCAAGCUGUUCUUCUCCUCCCCGCGCUUUGCAGUCGCUGGCGCAAGCACUGAUGCCAGCAAGUUCGGAUAUAAAAUUCUGGCGUGGUACCAUCAACAUUCGCUGGCUGUCACUCCGCUGAAUCCGAGAGCGCCAUCGAUCUCGCUGCCAUCCAAAUCAUACACCACAGUGGCAUCUCCCGUGGACCUUCCUAUGCCUUCUCAGACAUCCCUUUCUAUCGUGACGCCGCCAAAGGUGACUAUCCAGAUCCUGCGUGACGCAAAGUCGGUGGACGUGCCAGCCGUGUGGCUGCAGCCAGGCACUUACGACGACGAGGUGCUCGAAUACGCUCGUGAGAAUUUCAAGGCGGCCAUCGGGGGACCAGGAGGACAGGGCAGUGAGGGCUGGUGCGUUCUAGUAGAUGGUGACGCUGGGCUAGAUGCUGCCGGAGUCCAGUGGACUUCUCAGAAGCUGUGA